AUGUCCGACUCUGAACGUAUGAAAAGGUUCGAUGGAAUUAUACAGAGUUUACCUUCGAAAUUACAACUUACAUUAUCUUCGUUAAGUUUGCUGGAUAAUGUUUCCACACAAUUACUAAGGUUAUUGGUGCUGAACUCGGGUUCAUUGCAAGUGAUUGCCAUAUUGGCAGAUUCGAUGGCUUUCUUGAGUUCUGGUGAGACAGAAAUUUUCCAGACUUUGUUGAAACUGUUUAAGCAGAUUCGUAUGAUUUACACUGAAAGUUCACCUUUAAUUACGGUUCACGACGUUGCCCCAGGAUUAUGGUAUCCAAAUUCUGCUCCACCACUUCUGUUGAAAGGCCAUGAGGCGUACAUUGUCUCAGCUAUACGCAAGGCAAAUAUCCUAAUAUUUCUGCUAACAGUUCUGGGAUGUUUUAACUACGGGUUUGAGUUUUUACAAGACAGUUUUCUGGAUAUUCUAUGUCCAAACACUUUGUUUACCGGGGAUGGGUCUGUGGAUCCCAAUGGUAAAUUUCUCAAGACACAGGCGAUUCUUUAUCUCGAUUUAAAGACCCAGGCGUUUAUCUCAGCCUUAAAAGACCAGGUGGGAGACUCUGAUGAGAUUCCAGGUUUAAAGCAGCAUGAGAUCCUCGAUUCAAUCUUUGACAAUGGGAUGGCAGACCGCUUGGUUCUGCGUAGAACAGGUAUGAGUGUGGGAGAUCCAAACGAAAUGAUGCUCCCCUCUGAGAGAGAGUUUAUCGAGAGGUGUGUAAGACGUCGGGAAACAUUGUUACAAUACUCAAGUUACAAGAAACUAGUACGGGAUUACGAGUGGGGUCAUUUUGUGAAGGAAUUGCUUGGAUACUGUAAUAAGAAUAUGGGUUUGAUUGUCUGGGGUAGAAAGGGGCGCGGUAAGUCGCCACUAUCAUCACUCAACGAUUCUGAAUUCGAUCCUCAGGUGUUGUACGCUUCAGGAGCCUCAAUUUCGGAAGAGACCCCAGCAGUUGAAAUGCCCAGUGACAACGAUUCGCUUGCUGGAGCUCCCCUGGGAAGCCCACAGACUGUUACCGGUGCUUUCGAAACAACUGACACAACUACGUCAAUCGCCUCAGCUGCAGUCUCUGCCUCAACUAAACAACCGAUUGCAGCUGCCAAUAUGGUCAAGAAAUUAAAGCCCAAGAGAAACUGGACAAAGGAUGAAGAAGACACACUUAUAGCCGGCUUGAAAGAAGUAGGUCCCUCGUGGUCCAAGAUCCUCGAUCUAUACGGUCCUGGAGGUAAGAUAACAGAAGCUCUCAAGAACAGAAGUCAAGUGCAACUCAAGGACAAAGCGCGUAACUGGAAACUAGCAUAUUUAAAAACUGGUCGCAGACUGCCGGAAUACUUGACAAAAGUGACCGGUACAAUUGAGAGAUCUUACAAGAACAAGCAAAAAACAGCGCCAAUACCAGCUCCUGCUCCAGAAAGAGAACCCAGUGAGGCUUCAGAACUCUUUGGAUCUGCAACUACUGACGCAGCAGGGUUUGAUCCAAACCUUGAGGCUAACAUGUAA